AUGCGAUACUGCCUGCUCUACAAGUUUAGAUGUAGAGUCAGUUUAAGAGUGAAAAUGAACUUCAGUGGGGAAGCGCCACCUUGCUGGAAUAGGGAUCAUGACCCACCACCCAGUUAUGCUAUGCAGACUAUUGAUAAAGCAAGUGUGGUAGUAGUUGAACGUGAAUUGACAAUGGAGUGCUAUGAGACUUUCAAUGCUAGAGUGAAACGUUUGUCAAGCUCGUUAUAUGCCAAAACUAAAACGAAGCUUUUUGGUAUUCUCCAAUCCAUUUGGUUCAAGAGAGUUCUGAAGUUCAUUGCAGCUUUCAAUACUUUUCAGAUUAUCGCCUUCUUCACUGUCAGCGCACUUUUGGUUACAACUCGAAUCGGCCCGGGGGACGAGGAACUCGUUAUGAGGAAUGUCCCUGACGAUUACGUGGAUUAUCGAGAUUUAAGUAGUGGAAUAAUGCUCUAG